AUGUCCGAAUCAGCAGCCUGGCCCAUUGCCGACGAAGCUCUGUCGCAGCAGCUCCUCGAUCUGGUGCAGCAAGCAAGCCAUUACAAGCAAAUGCGCAAGGGCGCCAAUGAAGCUACGAAAGCUCUGAACCGUGGUAUUGCCGAGCUCAUCGUCCUCGCAGCCGACACCUCCCCUCUCGCUAUCCUUCUUCACCUUCCCCUCCUGUGCGAAGAUAAGAACGUACCAUUCGUGUACGUCAAGAGCAAGGCUGCGCUUGGACGCGCCUGCGGCGUCAGCCGACCGGUCAUCGCGGCAAGCAUCACGACGAACGAGGCGAGUGAUUUGGCAGGACAGAUUAAGAGCAUAAGGGACGCCGUUGAGAGGCUCGCGAUCUGA